AUGUCCCGGGGGAAGGUCCAGAUGCCUGUGGCCUUUUUCGUGCUGUCAAUGCUGUUGAGCCUCAGCUCCGACGCUUUCCGCAUAAACAAGCGCCCGGUGCGGACUCGAACCUGUGCCGACCGCCCCGAGGAGCUCUUGGAACAGUUGUACGGCCGGCUAGCGGCCGGCAUGCUCAGCGCCUUCCACCACACCCUGCAGUUGGAACCUCAGGAUAAGGAGCGCAACGUGAGCUGCCCGGCAGGGGGCAGGCCGGGCCAGGACAAGAAAUACCGACUUCCCAUCAACCUGCACAGCGUCUCCCCGUGGGCCUACAGAAUAUCCUAUGAUCCCACGAGGUAUCCAAAAUACAUGCCCGAAGCAUACUGUCUGUGCAAGGGUUGUCUGACAGGCCUCUAUGGAGAAGAGAACUUUAAUUUCCGCAGUACCCCCGUCUACAUGCCCACAGUCAUUCUGCGCCGCACCUCAGCCUGUGCGGGAGGGCGCUACGUUUACACAGAAGAUUAUGUGACCAUCCCGGUGGGGUGCACCUGUGUUCCAGAACAGGAGAAGGAGGCAGAGAGCCUGAACUCCAGCAUCGACAAACAGGGGAUGAAGCUGCUGAUGAACCCGAAUGACAAGCCCACAACGAACUGAACUUGAAAACUCAACAGCUUCCAUUUUGACUUUUCUGUCCCUGCAUAGGAUCAGGAAAUUAAAAGCAAAUUAAAAUCCUCUUCUUUCAAAACGACCUGGCCAACCUGGAAGGAUCUCACUCCGCCAUGAGAAGAGGAUGUUGGGUCGUAAAACAACAAACCAAACUGGCAUUUUCUUUUCCCAUAAACUAGUGUACAGUUAACGACAACAUUGCAACUAUUUUCUUCCCUGGACAAAUGUUAGUGCCGUUUUUGUAUCCUGGUUUGAAAUGCAUUCAAUAUUGGGAUGAAUGUAUGAUUCACUUUUAUCUACUACUUUGAAUUCAUAGACUAGCAGAGAAUUCUGAUAGGGGCUGCCCCUAGGAGUUAAUUUCUCACAAUUCUUGGAGCCAAGAGAGCAUUGCUCUUGGAAAGAAAUUCACUACAUUUCCCUCUCCAUCUGGCCACAGAGAAUGGAGAUGACACCAAUCAAAGGGCUCUCCUUUUUGGAGCAUUUUCUUCAAAGUGGAAGGUUGAAAAAAGCUAACUGCCAGAAAUUUGGGACUACGAUUGAAGCUGCGAUAAAAAGUAGAUGUUUAGCUUCAUAGCAAGGAGUGAAGAGACCACUGGCAGCCCAGCAAGUUCAGGUGGGGGAUUCCUCUGAGCAGGGAGAAGAAAUGGAAUAGAUGAACCUGGAACCAAGCUGAAGCCCUUUAGGCUCACUCUAGCUGCCCCCCUCCCAGAGGUUAGCACAUCUUCAUCCUGGAUCCUGAGGCCAUACCAAAAGUCGACAGAGACCCAUUGACAAUGUCCUCACCCUGAUGGUCAAUUAUCCUAGUAGGUACCUCAUAGGCUUUUUCCA